GUACUAAGCGACAGGAUGUGGGCAACGCCAGUCGACGGAUCGUUCGCCCUAACAGCCUCGGGCUCGCUUUGCUUAUUAACAGGGGCAGCUCUCAUCUUCGCGCCGCCGCCACUCGAGCGAGCGCUCCUCCGUGGCUCCCACGUGCCGGCGAGUGGCAACGCCUCCGCUCUGGCGGGAAUCCCUCCUCUUCUUGAUUCGCCACCGGAUAUUCGGCUGCUCGCGCCACCAACCCGCCCGCCGACGCACGGAACCAAGGUGGCGCUGUGGGUGACGGACGUGGGCCACGCGAUGCGACUACGAUCGCGCCACAGAAGCCGCGCCACCCAAGCCUUCCGCGCCGGCCCACGCCGCUCACCCUUCCACACAAGCAGCGCCCGGGCGGACGUCCUGCGCAACUCGAGUGGCGGUGCUGGCAUCACGAGGGCCCUGCCUCUCGUGAGUCCAGCGUGCGCUUCCAGCAGGGCCACAAGAGCCGCAAACACAAGCGCCUCACCGCUUCCCUCGCCUCCCCGCUCGCCUCUCGCCGAUGCGCCUCCUCUGCUACGCCGGAUGUGGCCGACGAUUGCGCGGCCGCGGUGGCGUGUGGUGACGUCUGCUAAGAACGGCACCGACUGGCCCGCCGCCUCCCCGCCCGCCCCCCUCCCCCCUCCGUGUGUGGUAGCGCAUGCGACCCCGACGCCGAGCCUCCCUCCGCCUUCGCCUCUCCUCGGUAUGCCUGGGGUCGGAGCUGCGCACCGCCGCUCUGUCUCGGGCUCGCACCCUCGCCGCGAAGCGCAUCCGGGCUGGCCGAGCGGCCCUGCGGGCCCCGGAACACCCAAGCUUGCGAGUGAGGUUUGCAGCAGACCACCCUCCUCCCGGCUGCGCGUCGGCCUGGAGGCCCUGGCAAAGGAGGCCGUGGCAAAGGAGGGGCUGGCCAGGGAGGGGCUGGCCAGGGAGGUGCUCGCGCUGGCCUGCGAGCUCGACGCCUCCGCCUCGGCGGAGCUCGCGUGGCUGCGAGGCGUCGCGUGCGCCUCGCUGCUCCUCGCUCUCUCCUCGGGCGCGGUCGCGUGCGGCGUCGUGUGGGCGGCGCGGCGCGAGAGGCGGGCGUGGCGCGCGGAGCGGCUGCAGAUCCUGCUGCGGCACUUGCUCGCGCGAGGCUCGUCGGGCCGGACGGCGCCUCCGAGCCGGGGAGUGAGCAAGCGCGGCUGCAACACCGAGGAGUGGGUCGACACCGCUGCGGACGCUGCCGGCUCCAAGUGGGUCGAGGCGCCGGUCGAGGCGUCGGACCCGGAGGACUCUUGGAGGUCCUUGCUGUGGACCGGGCCGCGCCGGUCGAGGCGGCCGGCGCUCGGCGGCGGCGGCGGCGGGAGCGGCGGCGGCGACAGCGGCGGCAGCGACAGCGGCGGCAGCGACAGCGGCGGCAGCGACAGCGGCGGCAGCGACAGCGGCGGCAGCGGCAGCGACACUUGCGGAGGCAGCUCCGACUUUACUGAGCCGCGCCGGUCGACGAUCGAGUGCGGCGCCCUGGCGGAGGAGGGAGAGGGCGGCACGGUCUCGCGCGGCUCGACCUCCUCCCGUGUGGACUCUGAGCUGUCGCUCGACGACUUGUUGCUCGUGCUGCCGCGGCCCGGCGCGACGUUCGCGUCUGCGCCGGAGGAGGGCGGCUGCUCCUCCUUGCUCGAGGUGGUUGGGCACCGCGGCUGA